UGACUACGCCCAAGUCAAUCUUUUUCUCAGAUAUUACUAUAAUGGAACGUCUUCAUUCAAUUGAUGAGAAGUUCAUAUCGAGCUUUUACCCUGCGGGAUCGUUGAGUGCCUUUUCCCGGGUCAGCUGGACCGAGCUGGAAGGAAAUUAGCCUUUGGCUGCAUGUGUACGCCCACUUCUAAAAACAGCAUCGCCAGCUGUCCGACGCCAGAAAUAAUAGAAAAAGCUCCUCAUGGGGACCUUUCUAUUCCUUUUGGUCUUUUCCGAAGUUCGUUCUGUGUUCCCAAUUCUUCAUCCUUUCUUGUCGACUUGGCUGCUUGGCCUUUAUCUGCAACUUCCUCUUCGAACAUUACAUUGCCAUCAUCAUUUCAACCACGUCACCACUCUCUCAAGCCUUCGAAAAUGGAAGGUGGCCCAUGCGAUACACCACCAGCAACGGAGAAGCGAGCUUCUGUUUCUGAUGACCCUCCCAUCGCAAUUGACAAUGGUGUGUUCUAUACAUCAUCCCCAGAAAAGACAUUGCGGAAAAGGCAAUCGGAUCUCCUUGAAGCCAUAGUGUCUGCGAAAGGACUGGCCAAAAUCCUCAAAAAGAAAGGUAACACAAAGCAGGCUCGAAUUUUCCAGCACAUGAAACAAUUUCUAGAGGACGAUCAAUCGGAUCCCAAUUUCCUCGAAAACGGAUGGUCACCCCUGUCAGCUUCAGCGCUAAGUCCCUCGACCUUUCUGAUGCUUGAUCUGCUGCUCAAAGAUGACCGGACUUCCGUUGAUAUGUGCAAUGAAAAGGGCCGCACUGCUCUCUCUUAUGCUGCCGAAGCUGGCAAUGUUGAUGCCGUCAGAGCUUUACUUGAGAAGGCCGACCCUAAUAUCAAAGAUCAAGAAGGUUACACACCGUUGUCAUGGGCAGUUAAUACUUUUUCGUCCACAUCACAUUCGAAAGUCAUUAGUCUUCUGGUGGACAAGGGCGCCGAUAUAAAUACUGAGGACAACAAGAAGCUUACGCCAUUAGCAAGAGCCGCAGAUGAAGGAAUCAGUGAUGCAGUCAUGCAUCUUUUGUCCUUCAAUCAAAUCGAUAAAAACCAUAAAGAUAUUGACCAGCGGACUCCAUUGUCAUUGGCUGCAAAGUCCGAGCACAUUCAGAUUAUGGAGCUUCUACUCGAAUCAGGGGCCGAGGACAAUUGCUACGAUAACAAGGGGCACACGUGUUGGUGGUGGCUACUACAGGCUAGGAUUAAAAGUCGGAGCAGCAGUAUAUAUGGAGAAAUCCCUAUAAACCACUCAGCCGAAAGCACUGAUUCCCUUGCUGCUUAUUUGAAUCCCAACCUUGUCGAUUCAAGCGGUCGAAAUUUACUUUCACUGGCUGCAGAAUACGGAGAUUCUGAGUUUGUGGAGGUGCUUUUGAGGAAAAAGGAAGUCAACCCAGAUCACCGAGAUCCGGAUCGAACACCUUUGAUAUGGGCACUGGAAAAGGAGAGAUGGCAGGUUGUGAACAUGCUCAUACCCAGAGACGCCAACUCAUUACACAUAUUGAUAACUGACUAUCACUGGAUUGGGAGGGAAAGGGCAUUGGAGUUAGUAAAAGCUCUUGUCCGAGAAGGGUAUGAUGUCAAUAAAAAAGACGUCAAAGGAACAACCCCUUUGCACCUCGCAAGCAACCAGCUAGACUUUGCUCGAAAGCUCGUCUCAACUGGUGUAAAUCUUGAUGUACAAGAUAACAUUCGAAAGACCGCGCUUCAAUAUGCUUUGGGAUAUCGCAAUACAAAGGUCGCCUUACUUCUACUGAAUCACGGAGCCGAUAUUCAGGCAUCAGAUUUGAGCGAACUACUUGCAAUUGCUUAUCGAAACGGAUUAUACGUGCAUAUAACACAGGAAAGUGGAACUGAAAGACCAAAAUUUGAUCUAGUGUCUAAUUGCAAUGACAAACAUGAAGUAGCAUGUACUCCUGGAUACACCCUGAACCUUUAUACAGAAAGCGAAUUUAGGCCAGAAUUGCUACAAAGGCCUGGCUUUUUAACACUGGACGGAUCUUAUUUGACGGGGGGUCGUGUCAUAUCGGUAUCCCCAUCUGGGAUAUCUCGUGCAAGUUACAUAUCAACUUCCUUCCCGAAGCACUUUUACAAGCAGGAUGCCAGCGAGUUGCUUGGUAUUGAAUGGGUUGUAGAAAGCAAUACAUCCCAGAAGUGUUCCUACAGGUUCGUCAGUACGCUUCCAAACCAUCAUAUGCCCCGAACCCCUAUGGAUCUUUUCAACCAGUUCCUUGCGCACCUACAAAGAAAGUGGGGUACUGUUUGCUUGGAUGCCAGUAAAAACAUUGAAAAGAUUCGAAGUUCCCAACUUCAAAUGCAAGGCAAAAACCGCCAAAUACUCGAUGCCCUUGCUGCCGAUGCAUUGACGAGAACAGAAGCUCGGAGAUGCCUGGUGUCACAGGUUGAGGAGCUUGGAACAGUGGUAGAUUCGGAUACUUGCUUUGCAAUUGACGAGAAAUCACAGAUUAUGGAGCUAAUUGAUCAUUUGAAAAAAGCUAUCACUGGGCGAAUGGACCGCUUGGAUCAGAUCACUCAUGAUAUGCUGCAAAAUGAACUUGCAUGGGUCUCAAUAAAUGAAACGGCAAGCAUCAAACGUCUUGGGUUUAUAAUAUCUAUAUUCCUCUCCAUGAUGUUGGUAUCUGUCAGUAUUCAAAGACAUAGUCGCUAGUGCAAGUUCUCCCAAGGGAAGAUGGCUAACACGAGGCGAGCAUAUGUCUAUUUCGGAAUAAAUUCAACCCAACAUUCGGAAUUUUGUCACUCACUCUUGCUAUGACUAUCGCCUGGUUAUUGCACAACAGACCAGGUUAAUGGCGGAUCGGAGCGCUACAUUAUGCAACUCGUAAUAAAGAGCCAAGUUGCAUCCAUGUGAUGCUAGUUUGAAAUCGACAAGGGAAGAUUCCAGCCCUGAUAUAAUUCCAAUGAUAUAUUUCCAAAUCGGGAUAGCAGGAGAUGAGAGAUAAGAUAAAAAUGAUU